AUGACUGUUAUUAGUGAAAGCAGAGAUGAAGCUAAUAACACGAGAAAUGGACUUCUGAGGCCAAAAUCCCUACUUAGAGUGGGUGGAUGGAAUGUCCGCACCAUGUACGAAGUAGGAAAAACUGCGCAAAUUGAAAAAGAAAUGUUGAACUAUAACAUCGAUAUACUGGGCAUAAGUGAAUGCAGGUGGACAGGUUAUGGGUCAGUUAUAACAACAAAUGGACAGAAGAUAGUUUACUCUGGGAGAAAAGAUAAUAUCCAUAGAGAAGGUGUAGCCAUCAUAAUGAAUAAGCAAGCAAGUAAAGCUCUUAUAGAAUGGAAACCUAUAGAUGAGAGAAUAAUAACAGCUAGAUUCCACUCAAAAUAUGUUAAACUUACUCUGAGUCAAUGCUAUGCACCAACUAAUGAAGCAGACAUUGAAACUAAAACCGACUUCUAUGAAAAGCUCAGAAGUGUAAUGGAAGGAGUACAUGCCCAUGAUGUUGUACUGGUUAAUGGAGACUUAAAUGCCAAAGUAGGUAAUGACAAUAUCGGAGUGGAGAGAAUAAUGGGUAACAACGGAUGUGGAACUUGUAAUGAAAACGGAAACCUGCUGAUUGAAUUUUGUGGACUAAAUGAUCUGGUUAUUGGUGGUACACUGUUCCAGCACAAAGAGAUACAUAAACUUACAUGGACAUCGCCAAACAGGAGAGACAAAAAUCAAAUUGACCAUCUAAUGAUAAAUGGCAGAUAG